AUGAUAAUUCUAAUAUAAUAUGUAAAAAAAUAUACUUAUAAUUUAUUUAAAAAAAUAAAAUAAGAACUAUAAUGGGAUAGUGAAGUUAUAUCUAAAAGUAUAAAAAUUAUAAAAAAUAAUGAAAUAUUUUUAGAUAGUAAAGAAGAUGUAUUUAAAACUGCUAUUACCAAAUAGAGUUUUAAUACAGGAAAACAUUAUUGGGAAAUAAUACCCAAUUCAAAAACAUAAAAAGAAUUUAAAGUUGGAGUCUGUUUAUCAAAUUAAUUUAACAUUGAAACAGCUUUUUGUGAUUUUAAAAUAGGUUAUGGGUAUUAUACUAUAGGUUAAUUAAGGUUUGGUAGUAAUUAAAGUGGAAAAUAGUACGGAAAAAAAAUAAAAAAUGAAGGUGUUUUGGGAGUUUUUCUUAAUAUAGAUAAAGGAUAAUUAAGCUUUUCUUUAAAUGGAGAAUAUUUAGGAAUAGCUUAUGAAUGUGAAAAUCUUAAAAAAGGGCCAAUAUAUCCUGCUAUUUCCCUUUGUAGUAUUUCAGGAUGUAAAAUAUAAUAUUUAAAUAUUAUUCCAAGUAUAUUUUUAUGA